AUGGCUGCGCUCAGGAACUUCGCCGUGGCCUCGGGCCUGGCCGUCGCCCUUGCCAAUGCCAACCCCGUGCUUUACAGACGACAGAACGAGACGGCCGGUUCCCCAUGCGCCUCCGUAUCUGCGCUUGCUGCCUCUCAGACGGCUGCCUCUCCCAGUGCCACCCCGACUGUGCCUGCGGGGCUGGCCUACGAGUGCAUCAACAGCGUCCCCAUUAACCAGACGGCAGCGCUGAACCUGAUCAAGACUUCCCGCCCCUACUGGGAGUGGCAGAGCACGCUGGCCUACCUCAAGGAUCCUCCGGCCGAGUAUGUGGAAAAGAUCCAAGACGCCAUCGAUGUCUUCGCCGAGCUGGAUGACCUGGAGGCCAAAGUCGCCGACGGCACCAUCACCAAGGAGUACGAGUUCGGAUACACACUCUACCGGAUCCUGCAGCGCACGCACGACGGCCACUUCGUCUACGUCCCCGACUCGGUGGGCGGCAUCUUCAACUUCGGGCGGCCGCUCCCCUUAGUCUCCGUCUCCGACGACGGCGCCAGCGCGCCCAAGCCCCAGAUCGACGGCGAGGCGGCGGCGACGUGGCUGGAGAACUGGUCGCAGUACGGCUCGCUGCAGGACCGCGACGCGCUGUACAACAACGUCUUCUACGAGCUGGCCGUCGUGUCGCUGGGCAGCAGCGGCUCGGGCAUGGGCACCUUCACCGGCGGCGGCCGCGGGCGCUGGGUCUACCCGGGCGCGAACACGACGCUGUCGUUCGAGAACGGCACCGAGUAUACGAUGCAGAACUUCGCAAAGGUGCUCGUCCCCUUCGACGGCGUCGACAGCGGCGAGGCCCUGUACAAGACCUUCUUCACCACGCCCCAGGACACGUCGUUCCACAACGGCGAGCCCGAGUCUACUGCUGCUGCUGCCUCGAGCUCCGCCGCAGCUGCCACUUCGACGUCCUCCUCGGCCACGGCCACGGCGACGCCAGCCCCGGGCUACCCGCCGCCCGUCGUCCGCAUGUCGACCAACUACAUCGGCGGCUACUACAUCGACGACGACCCGGCCUACGCCGACGUCGCCGUGCUCGGCGUAGCCUCGUUCGUCGGCGGCUCCGGGCAAGCCGAGUUCCAGGCCACGGCGCGCGAGUUCCUGGCCGAGGCGCGCGCGGCGGGCAAGACGAAGCUGGUCAUCGACGUCAGCGCCAACGGCGGCGGCACCAUCCUGCUCGGCUACGACCUCUUCAAGCAGCUCUUCCCGGCCAUCGACGCCUUCGCCGCCGCGGACCGCGCGAGGGCGACCGAGGCGCUGGAUUUGCUCGGCGAGAAGUUUUCCGACAUCGCGGCGGGCGUGCCGCGGACGUUGGAGGGCGUCGAGACGAACGAGACGUUGUAUGAGCUCGAGGCGGACGUGGUGAGCUCGUAUCUGAAUUUCAGGACGGACACGAAGCCGGAUGGGACGGCGUUUGAGAGCUGGGCGGACAAGUUCGGCCCCGUGCCGUCGGCGAAGGGGGAUGAGUAUACGGACUUGUCGAGGUGGAACUUGAGCGAUGUGUUGACGCCGUUCAACUCCGGCGACAUUUGGGUCACGGGGUACGGCGAGGGCGUGAAGAACGCGACGCAGCCGUUCAAGGCCGAGGAUAUUGUCGUCAUGACGGAUGGAUACUGCGCCUCAACCUGCACCAUCUUCUCCCGCCUCAUGCAAGACCUCGCCGGCGUCAAAUACGUCGCCAUGGGCGGCCGCUCUCCCUCCACCACCUCGUCCGCCCCCAUCACCCAAGCCAUCGGCGGCGUCAAGGGCACCAACAACUGGCCGUGGGACUACAUCCAAUACAACGUCGGCCUCGCCUACUCGUACGCCAACGCCACCGAACAAGACUACUUCGACACCACCACGCUGGCCGAUUACAACGACCAGCUGCCCUUCCUGCGCGCCGCCGCCGGCACCGCCUACAACGUCAACUUCCGCGACGGCAUCAAAAAGGACGACUUCGACGCCCGCACGCCCACCCAGUUCGUCUACGAGCCUGCCGACUGCCGCGUCUACUGGACCAAGGAGAUGACGGUUGAUGUGACGGCCGCGUGGAAGGCGGUGGCGGAUUCGGCGUGGGGGUAUGGCGAGAGUAAGUGCGUGGCUGGGGGGUUGGGGGCGCCGCAGGGGAAUGCGACGUAUGGGGCUGAGCGGAGGACGAGGCGGUCGUCGUCGUCGUUGUCUCAGGUGAGGAAGAGGGAGUUGGUUGAGAGCGAUUAUCCGUUGGAUUUGUGGACGGAUUUGGAUGGGUUGGAUUUGAGGAUGGAUGGGUAUAUGAUGCCGUGA